AUGCCGAAAGAGCGCGUCGUUGUUACUCCAAAGCAAACCGCUUCGCCCUAUGGCAAGGCAGACAAGAAUACAACGUCUAAAGUCUCCAAUAUAUCAGAAAAACCGGUAAAAGGCAAAAAAGCCACAACUCAUACUGGUUCGUCCAUACGAACUGAGGAAAAGAAACGCAAGACAGUAUUUAAAGCUGUACUUGAUUCUCCCUUUAACAUAAACUGGCCCAAUGUCUCGAAAGAGACGCAAGAAGAAAUACUGCAAGUCUUGUGUAGCACUUUGAGCAGCUUUGGCGAAUCCAAGUGCGUACGGAAGAGCAAAGACAUAGUUAUUGGGCUCAAUGCGGUUACUCGACGUUUAGAAUCGCAACCUGAAAGUUUAGAUUCGCUUCUUCGAAUGGUAUUUGUAUGUAAGAACGACAUUUCUCCUCCAAUUCUUUACGCUCACAUACCUGUCAUGGCAGCGAUAAGUCCAAGCUUGUUACUUGUUGCGCUUCCUUUUGGUGCGGAGAGGCGUUUAAGUGAAUUGCUUUCGGUGAAGCGAGUGGCCUGCAUUGGUAUCAAGAGAGAGUCGACGGGGUUUGAUAACCUUUAUGAAUUAGUGCAACAAAAAGUACCACCAAUAUCCGCUCCUUGGCUAAAUGGUGUUCGUGUUGGAUUCGACUAUCAAUCGCCAAACGUAAAAACACUUGUCACCUCUGCUCCCGUUGAAAAGAAGCGUCGACAAACUCGCAAUGAGCGAAACAAACUUCCGCAACGUACUAAAUAA